CUUCGCGCGAGAAGCAUCAUUGGAGUGUGAGCGCCUGAUGUGUCCGUGUAACCGAGGCUUUACUGUUAAUGUGACGGACAAUAAAAAUCUGCAAAUAAUGCGAUUUAUGCGAGACUUUAAGUAUUGCACCGGAUGCUGUUGCUGUGGAGAAGGUUGCUGCAACAUGACUGUCAAGGUUGAGUCUCCGUAUGGCCGCUAUUUGGGAAAAGCUACGCUGGCUAAUUCCAAGUGGGCUACUCAUAUAAAGAUUCUGGACGAAACUGAUAAGCACGUGUUUACCAUCUGGAUUCCAUGUUGCGUUUGCCAGGACGUCUGUUGUCCGGAUGACAUCGUAAUUCCGAUAACAGACCCGACACUUACUCAACAGAUAGGGAGAAUAUCCAAGGUAUGGCGUGGAUGUUGUGUGGAAGCCAUCGGCGAUGCUGACACUUUUCGUGUGGAAUGUAUCUAUAGUCCCUUCUUAUUUGACGUUCCAGCUAAUUUUAAUCCCGCUUGACAUGGCGUUAAACACAAAAAUACUUCUGAUGGGCGCCCUGUUCAUGGUUGAUUAUCUGCGUUUUGAAGCGAAUUAGUAAGAUUAUAGUGCAUGCAUACUUCUGUGUACCUUUAUAGAAGUCACACAACCUCAGCUCAUACUCGAUCUAGCACUCAAACGUUUUUGGAGGACUUAAAUCUCUACAUUGAUGUGAAAAUUCUUUACACGCCUAUGGCCUUGAACUGCAAGGAACUGUAUCGAGCAGGGCGGCCAACGUUUUUAAUACUUUUUUAUUCACGUUGGCAUGUACAUAGAUUUUAUGACAGUUUUAUUAUUUAUUUUCAGUUUCGUUUGUUUGAUAUAAUUGACAUUACAUAAUUGCGUUAUCUUGUAA